CUCAUGAUUUAAUGGAUUACCUCUACCAUUGAAGAUCAGAUAACUGUAUCCCAGCUAGAACAAUUGCAUACAUCAAAUGAAAUAUGAGGAAGGAAAUUAGUGUUAACUUCUAGUGUAUUUAUUCUAGUGUAUUUUAAUAGCUGGAAACGAGAAGGAGCCAGCACCAUGUAUCAAUCAAGUCUUGGAGGAUCACAGUUGGGGAACUGCUGGCUGAACUCUAAAUCUUCCUUUAAAUGAUCAUUGUUUGUGUUCAGUCAGGCUAUAGAUAUAGGGUGACUGCAUUAUCACAUGUAUUUUAUAAUUGAAACAGACACUUAAGAUGUUUUUCAAUUAUGCACAAGUUUCUUCAGUGGAAACUGCCAGGGUAGCUCUUCUCAUCUAACACCCUAUAUCCAAGACAAGAGGUUCUGACUCACCAGGAGUCCAUAUUAGCUAUUGAGGCAAGGCUGAGGAUGGAAGGUGUUGAAUUUAAGGAAGAGUGGCAAGAUGAAGAUUUUCCAAGGCCCCUACCAGAGGAUGAUCAUGUUGAAGCAGAUAUACUAGCUGCAACUGGCCAACAAGGCCAGCAUGAAGUGAAUGGAAACAAAGUUAGGAAGAAACUAAUGGCUCCAGAUAUUAGCUUAACACUGGAUCACAGCGAGGAAUCGGUGUUGUCUGAUGACUUAGAUGAGAGUGGAGAGGUCGAUUUGGAUGAUUUAGAUACUCCAUCUGAGAACAGUAAUGAGUUUGAAUGGGAAGAUGAUCUUCCAAAACCAAAAACUACUGAAGUAAUGAGAAAAGGAUCGCUUCCUGAAUACACUGCUGCAGAGGAGAGAGAUGAUGGGCGACGCUGGCGUAUGUUCAGGAUUGGAGAACAGGAUCACAGGGUGGACAUGAAGGCAAUUGAACCCUAUAAAAAAGUUAUCAGCCACGGAGGUUAUUAUGGCGAUGGGUUAAAUGCCAUUGUUGUGUUUGCUGUUUGCUAUAUGCCUGAAAGCAGUCAGCCUAACUACAGAUAUCUAAUGGAUAAUCUAUUUAAAUAUGUUAUUGGCACUUUAGAACUGUUAGUAGCAGAGAACUAUAUGAUAGUUUACUUAAAUGGUGCUACAACACGGAGAAAAAUGCCAAGUUUAGGCUGGCUCAGGAAAUGUUACCAGCAAAUUGAUAGAAGGUUAAGGAAAAACCUGAAAUCGUUAAUAAUAGUUCAUCCUUCUUGGUUUAUCAGAACACUUCUGGCCAUCACAAAACCUUUUAUUAGCUCAAAAUUCAGCCAAAAAAUUAGAUAUGUCUUUACCCUGGCAGAGCUAGCUGAACUCAUCCCCAUGGAAUAUGUUGGCAUACCAGAAUGCAUAAAACAGUAUGAAGAAGAAAAGUUUAGAAAGAAACACAAAAGAAUUGACCAAGAGCUUGAUGGGAAACAAGAACAGAAAAGUGAACAUCUCAGCAGACACACAAAGAAUUGCAUGGGCAUGGAGCUGAACUGUCCUUUCAACCAUAAAAGUUAUCCAUUCAGGUCAAGAUUGAAGUACCCUGGAGGGGAGGUGUGGAAAAUCUUGCACUGCCUUUACUUUGUAGAUGGAGAUCUUCCAUUUCCAGUGCUAUCUGGCACUUCUCAUAAGCACUAAAUUCACUUUAAAGAAUGUAAUGAGUCUGUUUUUUGUUUUUUUGUUUUUUGUUUUUUUGCUGUGGUUAUUCAAGAUGUAUCCACAAGUUUUCACUUGGUGUUCUUGGGCACAUAAAUUGACUUUUGUAGGUUCUGUUAGCAUAGCUAAAUUAUACUAUGUUCUGGGUGAAUCAUGUAAUGAAAAUGUCAGUCAUGCCUAUUUUGCCUAUUGGUGUGUGCAAAUAAAUCCAUUCAGAAGUUAAACAUUUAAGUGACAUUGAAACAAGCAUUAAAUAUUUUCACUUCUGUUUUUACUGCAGUGCUCACUACUUUUGUCUUAAUCAUAAAAUCAAAAAUCCCCAUCUGAUAUUAUUCCACACUUCUAAACAAUAUAUUCUUGGAAAUAGUAGUAGUAUCACAGUUCUUACACACAAUCAAAAUAAAUCCGGUAUACUUACUUACAAAAGUAAGGUAGGUUUCAACUGGAUGGUUAUUUAUCAGUUAGGUGUAACACUCAUAGGCUAAUCAUACAACCAGGACUUAUUAACCUUUGGAUCAUUGCAG